AGGUCCCUCCUUCCCUGGGCUCGUCGGCCCAGGGUAUAUACCCCCGAGUGUAGGAGCGGAAAGCGUCUCAGUUGCCGACGAACUUCCAUCUCGCCGUCGUCGUUACUAAAAUAACGAACUACGCCAAAAACAAAACAGUUUUUUGUUUGCCUUCUGCUCUUCUGUACAACAACGCACACACCAAACAAAGGGAUUUCUCUCUCUUCUUCAUCCUAGUUUUCACUGGUUCCUCACACAACAACACAAAACCGUGGAUUUAAAACCUGUUUUGGUUUCGUUCUCAAUCAUUCAAGUAGUCAACUUGUUUCCUGCAAUUUUCCUCGUUUGCGAAAAAACGUGGAGAGAACUAAAAGCACCAGCUUUCUCUCACGGCCGCCAUCUUGUCGAGCAGCCGCCAUCUUGAUCACGUCCUCACACAGACCCCAUUGUUGAGUAUUCUCUCUCUCUCUCUCUCUCAUUCUCUGACGCCACAGCACACACACAUCUUUUCUUUGAUUGUUUGGAUGCUCAUCAUCUCGGCCAAGACGAAGAAGACGAUCACCACCACCACCAUUCCGCCCUCGCGAAUUUGAAACAAUUUCAGAAAAGAAGAAUCAAAGGAAAAUGCGCGUCGAAGUGACCUCAGCAGCCAAUUUUCUCGUCAGACUUCUUCGUCUGAACAAGGAAUCGGCCAUCGUAUCCGACCAACAGCUGGAAGUCUUCCGGGCUGCCUUGAUCGAGACGUUGAGGAUACGCUACCAGGAGCACUGGUUUCCGGAGAAGCCUUGCAGAGGCAGCGGCUACCGCUGCAUCCGCAUCAACGGCAAAAUGGAUCCGGUCCUGGCCCAAGCUGGCGUCCUGGUCGGAUUGCCUGGCCAAUUUCUGCACAGAAUCUUCCCAUCGGAAUUGACGAUGUGGAUCGAUCCGCGUGAAGUGUCGUACCGCAUUGGAGAGAACGGGUCCAUCUGCGUCCUCUACGACGAGCGGGAAGUGGAGGAAUCGAUGAGGCAGGAGCGGAAUAACGUCAUGGGAUCCAACAAAGCAGGAGGAGGCCAUUCAUCGGCUUCGUCGACUCCCAACUCGUCCAAUUCGCCGUCACCAUCGCUGGGUGGAUCCGAGUCGUCGUCUCCUUCUUCCAUGGAUUCCAGUAGUGGUGGUGGAGAUCCAUCGGCCGGCUGCCGAGAAUCUGUCCGUUCCGAAAUGGAGUUUAUGAUGGAUGCCCGCAAUAUCCUGGCCUUCGAGCAUCUCGCUUCCUACGUUUCUAGUUAGACGGUUUGCGCCAUCACCCCGCCGACCCAUCAUCCAUCCACACUGAACGACAACGGACUUUAUUCUUUUCAAUUGGGAUUUUUUCCGAUCCCAUCCAUCCAACACACACACACACACACAUCAAACCCAGCUGAAAACAACACUUUGGACCUUGCUGUUCUUAUCAAAUAUUUUUUUUUUGUUUCAACAUUGCACGAGAUUCAAUAUUGACGGGGGCUUUUUUAACAAAAACAAAAUGGGGGGAAUAAAGAAAAAUGGGGGGAUCAAGAAUGGAACAGCCACCCAAUUUUUGCGUGAUGGAAUUUUUAUUUUUAUUCUUUUUUUUUGGUGACUUCACACAUCGAUUUAACGUUUCCUUCAUCAUCACACAUGGGGAAAAAAGAUUUUUUUUUUUCAAUUUAAAAAAUUUCAAACGGGAGGGGAAAUGUGUCCCCCACCACCUGCUGCUUGUGCCGCUCUGAAGAAGAUGGAGGAGCGGUGUGUUGUGUUAAACCCGUACUGUGAUCUCAACAAAGCCAUUGCCAACCGUGCAUCCCACCACCACCCCAUUUGGAAGAGAUGAGCUAAAAAGACAAAGAAUCAAGACACACUGAAGAAGAAGAAACAAGUUCCCAUUCAUAACAGUUGAAUCCUCCUCCUCCUCCUCACACAAGAAAAACGUCGAUGAUAUAUGACAUACUCGAUUUAUAUCUCUCUUUUUAUGUGUCUCCCCCCCGUGUUCGGAAACAAACAAACCCUCCCCCAUCUUUAUAUAUAUAAAUACGUGUGUAUAAUCUUAUAUAUCAUAAUUGUCGAAUACCCCCACCACCCGCCCCUACAAAAACAUUUUUGUCGCUCGGUUAACGAAUCAAGUUAUUUUUUCUUUUUUUAAAAAUUUCAAGGAGAAAUGGUAGUCGAUUUUUUCGAAAAGAUUCAAAAACAAAACACACAAAAGUCUCUUCAAUUCAAUCCCUUAAUUAUCUCAGCUGAAUUAUCGUAUUUGUGAUUUCCCCCCCAAAACUAUCUUCUAAUUGGUGUUGAACGCAAGACGGACGGAUGGCAGCUUUACAAUCACCACUCAAUUUCGAGGUUCCCCACACCCUCCCCCCCCCUUUUCAAAUGAUGUACACAAAAUAAAGAUUUCAAUCCAUUGAUUUUUAAUUUUUCGAAUUUCGGGGACCAAAAUUGAAAAAAAAGUUGAAUUGAAACCAAACAAGCACACGGUGAAGAAGAAAAACAAACAAAUGCAACCCCCCCACAAUUUUUCAUUCCAACCUGACCUGUUGAUCGCCAUCCGCCCAUGAGCGAUAUGAAAAAUUCCGGCCUUAACAAUUAUUCUAAAAAACUGAAGAGAAAAAGUACAAAUUUCAAAUAUGACGAAAGAUUUUUUUUUUUUUUUGUAAAACGAAAACAAAACAAACAAAAAAAUGGAUCAGUAUAUUUUUUUGCUUGAAGUGUUUUUUUAAUUAUUAUUCAUUUUUGAUUGGCCGGGGUUUUUAAAUAUUUGUUAAAUGGAAGCGCGAUGUGUUUUUUUCAUGGGUCCGGCUUCGGGAUAUUUAUCUCAGGAUUUCUCUGGAUUGAAUGACCACCUCCCCUCUCUUCUCAUUCGAUCAUCCCCUUCUCAUCCCUUGAAAUUGAUUGUGUGUGUGAUCCCGUUGAUAUUUCAUUUAUUGUGCAAUAUCUUCCUUUCUAUUAAAAAAGAAACAAAUCGUCCAAUCAUCUAUACUUCCUCCUACCAAAUUUUGGCGACAUUGUAAAGCUGCUCUUUUGUGAAGCCCCAACUGUGUACUUAUAAAAGGAGAGGAUCGUACAAAUCCCGUUUCCCCUCCCCCCCUCCCGAAAAAUACGGAUGCGAUAAUUGAGCUCAGAUUUAUUUGAAAAAAAAAAAUUUAUAUUUGUCGUAGUCCCGCCCACCCUCUCUCAACAAAAAAUCCGGUCAAAUCAUUUUUUGAAGCGUGAAAAUAUCUGCUGGCUGAUGUAUUCUCUUCCACCUACCCCUUACCUACACCUACCCCUUAAUAUUUUUUAAUUUUUAUUUGAGCGUGAGUGUGUUGUAUAGAUAAUUAUGGCGGGGGUCUGUUUGUUUUCCUGGGGAUAGAAACAAGAGAAAGAAAAAUUUUUUUUAUUUUUAUUUUUUUUCGGCGUGAGUGUGCGAAAGAAAAAACCAUCCAGAAUAGGAGAUGAUGACGGGACAAGUAAAUUUUUAAUUUUAUUUUUUAAAAAGAAAAUGGGUCUCGCUACGGGUCUUGAGAGGAAAAGAAAUUCUUUGUUUUUCUUCCACAUCUCUUUUCGAGUGUAAAAAAAAAAAUGGUUUUUUUUUGUGUUCUUCGUGUAAAAUUAACUAUGGGUGCGUGAUGAUUGCGAGCUACUUUGCAUUUGAUUGGUUGACAGACGAGAAAAAACUAAAAUAUCCAACGCCAUUCAUUUUUUGCCUUGCCGUUUCCUGUACAAAAAGCGACAAUUCUCCCAAUUUCAAUGGCAUUGUGGACAUUUUAAUUUUUUUAAAUUAAAACAGAAAAACACAUUUUUGAUUUAAAAAUAAAAGUACGCCAAAACCCAGUCAAUUUGAGCAAAUAGAGAAGAAAACAACUUUUUUUGUCUGUAGAAUUUUUAAAAAACAACAACCACACGGGGAAAGAAACAACAACAAAUUGUUUUGAAGUGCCCUCCAUUCUCUCCAGUGCGCCAUUUCUCCUCCCCUAUCGUGAUUUUUUUUAUUUUUUUUUUCAAUUCAAAUUUGUGUUGUGGAAAAAAUUGAGUUCGGCCUGUGAUGUUGUAAAAUUCUCUCCCGCGAACGCCCCCCAUCCCCCCUCUACGAAAAAGCUAAAAAAAGACAAGAAAAACUAUCUCGUAUGUGAUUUGAGACAAAAAUCGGUAUUGACUCUCCUCGUCUCUCGGCACUUGAUUUUGUUUGAUCGACAAGUCUCUUUUUUUUCUCUUUUAAUUUUUCUUCUAUUUUAAAAAUUUUUUCUCCCUUUUUUUCUUUCAAUUUUCACGUUUUUGAUAAUAAUUAUGAUGUAGUGUUUUCUCCUCCCCCUUCUAUUUUUAGAACCCCUCGCCGUUUGGUUUUGCGUGCAAUUUUGAAGAGAAGUGAAAGAAGAAGAAUUUUUAAAAAAUGUGAUUCGAUUCGUGUCAUUUUUGCAAAAAAACAAAACAAAAAAGAUGGAAAUUUUUCCUAUUUUUUUCUUUCGAAAUUGUCGACACACGGAAAUUCUCACGGUGUGUGGUGCAUGCUUUUUUCGUUCAAAUAUAUCGUACCCUCUUUUUUAAUUACUAUAUUUGGCAAAGAAAUCCCCCCCUAUUUCUCUUUACUUUCUUCAAGUCUUUUUUUUUUUUUUUUUCAAUUAAAAAAUUAAAUGUCCAUGUAAACUACUUGGAAACGAA